AUGCGUCCUGACGCGAUCGGUGAUCGUCCCCAUUACCAUAACUUUGUGGAAGCAAGUUCAAGUUUCCUGAGCUCAGGUAGUGUGUAUUACAUUAUCCGAGUGGUGGACGAGUUGCUCUACUUCAAUGCCAUCCUCGCCCCUAAGGAGUCCCGAGCCAAAUGGAGAGCAACGCAGGUAUGGAAAGAGUGUGACAAAGAGAUCAUGGAGAAGUUGGGCGGUGCUGCCUUUACCGGCCAUCCAAUUAGGGGCGCCCGUGGAACCAGCAAUAGGGCCACGGAUGGAGGAGCUCCGACUGGGGAUGCCUGUACUCCCUCUGGGCAGAACGGCUCCAAGUCUGGCGAAGCGCAAGGCAAGGCAUCUGAGCCUCAGGCGGAAGGUAAGACGUCCGGUGGAAGCAGCGGCCUGGCCUCUUUCGACUCAGACUCAGACUACGGUCUCGUAGACGAUGAGGAGAUUGAGGACGAAGACCCUGGGGUCGCAGCCCUGGCCCAAGCAGAGGGUCUCAACCUGGCAAACGACAUCAAGUUCCUCUCUGACGACGUGGAAGAGGAACUGGAACGCUUGUUAGGUCCACAGGCCAGUACUACCACAACCAGCGGUGCUGGUGAGGGUGAUGGUGGGGUUACCACUGAAGGCAAAAGUCUGGAGAGAACAGCUUCUGCGGACUGUUACGUCUCUGAUGAGGACACGAGCCUCACUGGCUGUCUGGAAGAAAUUAGUGUCCACUUUUCCGAGGGCAGCCGGCAUACUCUUUCUGAACCAAAUUCAAGACUAGCUGGAGGCAACAACAGUAGCCGUGUGACCUCCACCACGAAGAAGACCUCGGCUGUCUCGCUGAGCGCAAGUGGAAGUUCCACAGCGCCGAGUGAACGCUCCUCGAUUGCUGUGCAAACGCUCUCCACGGGGGACAUUAUGGCAACGCAGAUUUUCCACGAUCUAUCGUAA